ACCGGAGCAUGAUGAAAACGCAUGCAUAGGUAUUCUAUUCUGUCCUCUAUUCAUUCCUUUCGCGAUCGCGUCCCAGUAAACAACAAGAAAACUGAAAAAUGUAACAUUAUUUUUUUAUUAGCUCAUAAAGUGAAGGUGUAAAGAAUUAAGUGAAUUUACUAUUUAGAGGAGUAUAUAGGACAGAUAAAGACUAUAGAACAAGACCUGCAUGAUAGCGGCCAAAUAUUCUAGUUGAAGAGCCGAGCCAAAUUUUAUUAUAGAAUUGAGAAAGGGAAUAGGAGCUUUUACCUUUUACAUUGAUUUUAGAAUUUCACCAUCUACUUUCCACUUGAUGGAUCAUCUAUUAUAGAAAAACACAUAGGUACCUACCAAGGUUCCUACCUACCUACCUACCUACUUGAUGAAUUAAAAUAUUUUUCAAAAUGGUUUUUAUACUACGACAUGUCCAGAGAGGUGACAUUUUAGUUUUGGGCCACAACAUGGAAUAUGCGGUUGGGCGGAGUAGAAGGAACCAUAUUAUCGUCCAAUAUAAUACUGUUGAUAACAUACAUGCUGUACUAACAAUAACUAAUGAUGAGGCCACAAUUGAAGAUUUGGAUACAAAAUUUGGCACUAGGGUGAAUGGGCGAAAAAUAAAGGGCCCUUUCAAAUUACGUAAUGGAGAUGUUGUAACAUUUGGGGCUAACACUUCCUGUAAAUAUGCGUUUCUUAAUGACACAUUUGAGGUUCAACUGGACAAACAAAUGCAAAAAUGCAUUAGAACAUCUUUGAUAAACACUUUAAAAUGCCUGAAUAUUAAAAUUGUUGAAAAAUUCAACGCAUGCUGCUCACAUUAUGUAAUAGAAAAAGUAACAUUAGAUUCGCUUGAAGAACAAUCAAUUUUCAAAUAUCUUAUAAACAAAAAGACUGUGAUAACACCAAAAUAUUUUGAAGAUAUAUUAGCCAACAUUGAAGAAGCUCCACUGUUACCAAAUUUAUAUAGAUAUAUGCCAGAAAUAGAUCAAUAUUUGGUUUAUAAAGGUAUCGAAGAUAUACCCAGAGUUUCAAGAAGAUAUUUAUUUGAAGAUGUGAUCUGUGUAUUUUUCAAUAAGGCGUGUGAAAAGAAGCUUUGUUCCAUUAUUACAAAAUGUGGUGGUCAUGCUAUCAUGUAUACUCGGGAUAAAGAAAUAUUUUUGGAACGUAUAAAUUAUGGUAUAAAAAUAUUUAUUGCAGUUAUUCAUAAUUCCAAUGGUGAAAUACCUGAAUUAAUGAAUUCAUUCUCAAGUUUAAUGAAAGAGCAAAAGCUGAAGAUAUUUAAAACAUUCUCUGUUAUGGAUAUAUAUACAGCCGUCCUACGGGCUACAUUAAAUGUGUUUCCAAUAAACGUGAAAAAUAAUAAUGACAGCAGUAUAGUAAUUUCAGACAACUCAGACGAUAAUCCAAACUGCGAUCUGGAGCCCAUAAAUUCGAGAAUUUCCAGUGCGUGUCAAAAUAAUUCAUAUCCAAUGGAUGCAAAACAAAUGUUUGUGAAGAAUGAGGAUGGAUGGAUCACAAGGGAGAGAAAAAGUAAUUGUCAAAUUACUUUAGUAAGUAAUGCAGGCACUAAUAAAACAAAAGCCAGUCCAACUGUUAGAAAUUCGAAGGAAAAUUACAAUUCAUUGUCAGAAAAGGAUACUGUUAAAACAAGUGUUCGAAAAGAUGCCCAAAAAACCCUCAACAACAGUGAAAAAAAUGAACUUGUCAUAGUAAUUGAUGAUGAUGAUGAUGAUGAUAAAAAGAAGCCAAUGGAAAUCAAUUCAACAUGCCAAACAGCUGAAGCUUCAAGAAAGAAAAACAAGUCGACAGAAAAUGAAACUUUCCCAUCUAAAAGGCCAUGCUUAGUAAUUAAUCCGUUUUCUCGAAAAGUAGUUUGCCAAAAACAGAGAAAAAGCUGUUAGGUAUCUAUCUAUGAGACAACGGUUUGAACUUUUUAAUAUUUUCUUUUCUUUAACGUUUAUUUUAUUAGAUUUUAUAAGCUUGUUAUUGAAUAAAUGGUUUACUUUCA